AUGCGCAUUGCGGCGCGCCACUCGAGUCCCGAGGCGACGACGACCCGGUCGUCGUUCGCGUCCUCGUCGUCGUCUCGAUCGUCGGUCUCGGUCCCAAUGGUGACGCUGUCGCUGCCGGACGUGAGCCAGCACCCGACCACCACGGCCGUGCACAUCAAGGUCCCCGAGCUCCACGGGGUGCUUCAAGAACGCAACUCGUCCAAGCGCUUUCGGUGGCUGCAAUGGAAGCGCCAAAAGACGACCUCCAGCGCAACCGACUGCUGGGUCGACUUCGACGGCGACACGUGGCGGUGGUUCCCACGGACGGGUCCCGGCGUGUACAAGGCGUCGCCGACGCACGUCCUUUCGAUCACGCCGCUCUCGCGCAUUGACGUGGCCACCGACGGCAGCUGCUUCCAGCUCUUCGACGACGGCACAGCCUUUACGUUUUACACGUCGAGCCGCGACCAGUGCGCGUCAUGGACGGCGGCGCUCGAGGCGGCGAUGGUGGCCCAAGCCUUCUUGGCCAAGUACCACCUCGGGCCGGUCCUCGGGUCGGGCGGCAGCGCCUCCGUGCACAGCCUCGUGCUGCAGAACGCGCCCACGGACCUCGUCGUGAAGCUCGUCAUUGGCCAGAAGGACCUCGUCGAGAACGAAAUUGCCAUCCUCUCCCACCUCUCGACGGCGCCGCCAUCCCUGCGAGCGCAUGUUCCCACCCUCGUCAAGGCCAUUGACCUGCGAGAGCAGCAGGCCACCGGUCUCGUGCUUCCUCGCUACGACGGCGGGUCGCUCCACGAUCGCAUGCGAAGCCUUCCGCCGCUGACGGCAACCAACGUAGCCUCGCGGGAAGUGGCUGCGAAGCGUCUCAUGCGCUCGCUGCUGCGCAUCUUGGAGCUUCUACACGGCGCCGACGUCCUCCACCUCGACCUCAAGCCGGCGAACAUCCUCUUCAAGACCCACGAGGAUGAUUGCACGCAACUCGUGCUCAUUGACUUUGGCCUCGCGAUGCGUCCAAGUGCAUACGACCAUAAGAACGCACUCCACGACGCCGUGCGGGGCACGCCGGGGUACCUCGCACCAGAGCUACUUUCAAUGGACCACGACGGUCCGCUGCCCGUCUCGAGCGCCACCGACGUCUUCAGCGCCGGCGUUCUUCUGUACAAGUACCUCCUCGGUGUCGCGCCGUUCCAAGGAGCGACCAAAGGCCAGCUCUUGGAGCGCAUGCGCCAAGGGCAGAUGGUGCGCCCGAAGGCGACGUGGGCACUUCUCUCGGUCAAUGCACAGGAUUUUGUCAUGAGCAUGCUCCAGCGCAAGCCGCACCAUCGCGCGUCGACGUCCUCGCUACAAACCCAUCCUUGGCUCGCAACCAGCGACUAA